UGAGACCAGACAGCUGUCUACAAUGGCCACUGCCGCAUGAAAGACCAUAUUGUUGUCUCCUUUGAAUUAGUAUUAUUCGAGAUCCGAUCCUUCAUGCAGUCACUAAACUGACGUAUUAACCGAGACUUCAUGCCUAUAAAUAGUACAAUUUGGAAAAUCUAGUUCAUUUCUUUACUACAUUACUUCUUCUACGGUCCAUUCAUUUUCCCUUUCCUCCGAAUUAUAUCGAUUGCGCAGUUUCUAUAUUUCAGCAAGCUUCAUAAUGCUUUCAAUAUGGAUGCCUUGUUUUUUGAUACAUUUAGCUUUUAUCUCUCAGGUUGCCCUUGCUGAAGAUUAUAUCUCAAGUACUGCACUUGCAGAAUGUAGCUCUAGCACGGCUAUUAGUGUGAAUUACUUUGAUGCCAAAAUGUCACGAUCCGGGAUGCUCGACCUUGCUUUCACUGGCUAUCUUGAUAUAUCAGGCAAUGUCGCAGCUGAUAUUGUCAUAUUGGUCUAUGGAUAUGAGAUUCUGAACGAGACAAUUAGUCUGUGUGAUUUGGGCCUGGAUAGUCUUUGUCCAAUGGCAUCUGGUGCAAUUGACCUCCCACAGGCGAGCUUGAAUGUGUCAUCAAUCGCAGCAGCAAUUCCUGGCAUUGGAUACACUGUGCCAGACCUGGACGCUACGGUCCUUGUGUACGUCAACAAUCAAUCGACAGGAAAAAGUCUAUCUUGUCUGUCGGCUGAUCUUUCCAAUGGUCACACGGUGUAUCAAGCCGCAGUUUCAUGGGUUUUUGCCGUCGUUAUCGGUGUUGGUUUGAUCGGAUCCAUCGUUGCCUCGAUCAGAGGCCUUGUUAAUACCGCCACCCACCUAUCUUUCUCAUCACUGUCUUUAUUGGAUUUUAUGCAGUCGCAGGGAAUGGUUGGCCUCUGCUCAGUCAAUCUACCACCUAUAGCGCAGUCAUGGACACAGACUUUCCUAUGGACUUUGGGUAUCGUGUAUCUUGGGUUUCAACAGACUUUCAGUACGUGGUACUUACGUGCAACAGGAGGCACUCCAUCUACCAUCAAGCGGGACUUUUCAGCCAAUGAUCGCACUCCCAGCAGAAGUCUACUCAGAAGAGCAUCCUCGGACGGGUCAGACAGGAGUGAGAUCACAGUGAAAGGAUUCAGUCGAAUGGCUUACCGAGCCGGGAUUGAGCCUAGCAAUAUUUUCAUGACCUCUUAUUCCUCAUUCAUAUUCGUCGGGCUCACGCUCUUCGUGUUCAAUAAGCUCCCCCAAUGCCUGGAGGACGCUUCAAUGUGCCUGCAGCGUGCUGACCGAGCGCUGGUUCUCCGAUUCCUGGCUAUUAAUCUCCCUCCAAUAACAUCUUUUGGCUUCUGGGAGCUCUCGCAGAUUGAUUCUAGUGGGAUAGUCGUCCUGACUGUAACCUGGUGGAUCGGGCUCAUAUUAUCUCUGGCAUGGACUACAGGUAAUACUAUCUUCCGUGUUCAAAGGGCUCGGAAAUUGGACAUAACGCCAGCAUACGUCCUAUAUUCGGGCAUGAUCGGAUCCAAGUCGAUACUCCUGCACAUACAUUAUAGAGCAAACGCCUACUACUUCUCCGUCAUACAACAAUUAUACAUCUCUGUUCCCAAAAAGCAAGCCAUUAUUCUCGUGCUCAUCAAUGCUAUUAUGAUGGGCAUCACAAUUUGGAUUCGCCCUUGCAUAGAUGGAAGCACGGAUCGCCGCGCCAUCACGACAGCUGUCCUCCAUUUCUUGAACUCCAUCUGCGUCCUUAUUUUCUCGGAUAUCUUUGGCGGACCCACAAUUGUUGUCAGUGUCGUCGGUGUGAUAUAUUGCAUGUAUAAUGCAGUAUAUAUGCUUGUGCUUGUGAUGUAUAUCAUUAUCCCCUUGGUCCGCGCCGUCAGCAUGAAAAACCCCGAAGCUCGAUACAAAAUCCUACAUACACCAAUUCCAUUGGAGCUUCACGAUAUGAGUAUUACCGCUUGUGGAAAAGCAGAGCCUUCUGUGCGUUUAUUGCAUUCAUAA